AUGCUUUUGGAACUAACGAACCAGCGCAAGAUUUUCAUAUCAUUCUUCAUUUUUGGGCUCUUAAACAAUAUCCUCUAUGUCAUCAUCUUAUCAGCAGCAAUUGACCUAGUGGGCUCAGCUACACCGAAAGCCCUGGUGCUAUUGGCAGACGUGGUCCCUUCGUUCGGCUUUAAACUAGUUGCUCCCUUUUUCAUCCACUUGAUUCCGUACAAGGCACGAUUGCGGAUCCUUGUUGCGCUAAGCAGUGGCGGCAUGCUUCUCAUCUCCUUGACCUCCAAGGACUCAAUCGCCAUCAAAAUCAUCGGAAUCAUGCUUGCGUCAUUGUCAUCUGGCAUGGGCGAAGUCACUUUUUUGCAAUUGACCCACUAUUUCACUGAAGAUGCCGUGGGCGGCUUCUCGAGCGGCACGGGAGGAGCGGGACUCUUUGGCAGUUUUUUGUUUUUGCUCUUUACAAACAUCAUGGGCAUUCGAGUAUGGGUGGUGCUCUUGGCGUUUGCAGUGGCGCCAUUGGGGUUCUUGGCCACUUACUACUUUGUGCUUCCUACGCCUAGCCACGAGUAUCAUUCUGUGGGGAAUGAGGAGCCCAUGCCCAUGAGCGAACCUGAGCAGGAGGAGGUGUUUGUAAUGUCUGAGAAUCAAGACAAGUACACCGACUUGAAGCACCACAUCCGCACGACCAUGGAGAAAAUCAAGCCCUUGUUGGUACCGUUCAUGCUCCCCUUGGUGACUGUCUACAUUGCAGAAUACGUCAUCAACCAAGGCAUUUCACCUACACUACUAUUCCCACUCGACGAGCUUCCGCAUUGGCUAUUUGCCUCCUAUCGAGACAUCUACGUCGUCUACAACUUUUUGUACCAAUUGGGGGUAUUUAUCUCUAGAACAUCAGUCACGUUUGGCAUUAGGAUCCGCCACUUGUACUUGUUGUCAAUCCUUCAAGCAAUCAACGUGGUGAUCACCUUGGUCCAAUCCGUCUAUGAUUUCCCAUUCACCAAGAUUUGGUUGCUUUUAGCAUUGAUCAUCUACGAGGGUUUAUUAGGAGGCGCCGCAUACGUCAACACGUUUGUUUCCGUUAGAGAGCAAGUGCCACAAUCUCAAAGAGAGUUUUGCAUGGGGAGUGUCAGCAUUAGCGAUAGUUUGGGGAUCGUCUUGGCUGGAUUGAUCAACUGGUGGUUGGAACCGACAUUGUGCGAUUGGCAGGUGCAAAGAGGUCGAGACUGGUGCUUAAAAGGUGGUUCGGCGUAG